UUUACAAGUUGUAAUUAGAUUGAAGAGUGAGUUCUUUGGAUAUUUGCUUGGAUUUGAAAUAAUACAGGUUGUGAACGUCCAUUUACGAAUGUUGAUUUUGUUGGGAAUUUGCUUUACUUGAAUCUUUUCUAAUAAUAUUUAAAUUAAGAUGUCCUAUUAGUUUGAAAAUGGGUAAGUAUAGCAAAUUGAGAAAUAGAAAUUAUACCAGCACAGUUGUUCGCUCUAAUUAUUUGUUUGUAGAUGAAGCAAAAAAUGAAACCGUCGACCUUUCGAGGCGUGGGUUGAAGAAAAUAGAGAAAGCGCCCGCAGAGGAAUCCAAGACGAUUAUUAAUUUAAUCCUCGACCAAAAUGAGUUGCAAAGACUAGAUAAUAUUGACACAUAUAAUCGUGUCGAAAACCUAUCAAUUUGCAACAAUUUCUUAUUACGCAUGCAUGGCGUAUCUCGGUUGACGAACAUUCGAAUCCUAGCUUUGAAUAACAACGGCAUACUGCAAAUAGAGGGCCUCAAAGAUCUGAUUUAUUUAAAAGUGCUGAAGCUUGCAGGAAACAAUAUAAAAUCAAUAGAACAUUUGAAUCACAAUAUGCACUUGGAACACUUGGAUUUGUCCAACAAUCAAAUUUCUUUUAUAGCUGAUAUAUCUUACUUGAAGAGUUUGAAGCACUUAAAUCUAGAAAGAAACAGGAUAUCAGAUCUGCGGCAAUGUGAUCGCUACCUUCCAUCGCACUUGGAGCACCUGGGGCUCGCUCACAAUAGCAUCCAGGAUUUGAAUGAGAUCAGCCACUUGGUACAUUUGAACAAACUGGAGAGCUUCUCAAUACAAGGCAAUCCAUGUGUCGCCAUGGCUGGUAAAGACAAAUUAGGAUUUGAUUACAGACCAUUUGUUCUCAACUGGAUAAUGAGUGUGAAGUCUAUUGAUGGCUUUGUCGUCAGCGCUAUAGAAAGUCUAAAAGCGGAGUGGUUGUACAGUCAAGGCAAGGGGCGACACUACCACGCGGGCCAACACCAAGAGUUGUGUGAAUAUCUGGCGUCUACCUGCCCUCUCACCGCCGACGCCUUGGAAACAGAAGACCAGAGGAAACUACGCCUUAUAUUAAGCAAAGCGCAGCAUCAUCAGCAGCAGUUGAAAGACACACAAACACACAGUCCGUUGAAGCCAAAGUUGCAGUCUCCGAGAAUGCAAUCUCGGAUAUCCACGCCGCGGCACAUGGGUCGAUCGCCCGACCGGCUGACUUCAAGUUACCAUGCAGCUUUGACCAAGUCCUCGUCUCCUUCACAUCAGAUGUCUUCCUCACUCUGUGGAGACCUGUCCGGCAUUCCCACCGCCAUGAGCCAGAGCUUCGACUCCCCCUCUAUGAUGUACUCAGCGGAUAAAAGAGACAGCACUAGGGAAAAGGAAAAAGAAAAAGUUCAAGAAAUACCGCAACCAAAGCCAGUGAAUCAUUCGUUAGAAGCUGCAUCGAAAAUGGUGCCUGUACCUGAAUCUCUUAUGAGUCCCGACUACCAGGACCCGAUUUACGAUAUCCAAAGAUCCAUACCAAAGACAAACAACUCCGUGCAUAGUGUUUCCAACACUUCGUCCCAGUCGAGCAACAGUAGUAUCCACGAAGACAAACCAAGGCACGCGAAAAACAUGAAAGGGUCCCCGAAAUUACCAAAGAGUGCUACUUCAUCACCAAAGCUUAAAACUAGAAUGGAGCAAAGAAAAGGCAGUUUAUCAAAAGUAGAAGUGAAGAAUGAGGAAAAGAAGCUUAAUGGGAUCACAAAUGACUCAGAGCAACUCGGCGCGGAUAUGAUGAAGUUACCCUCGAACCAACGACGGCAGAAGAAGAUGAGUGUGGAGUCAAUGGCCGCCGUCACCAUACAGAAAAUGUGGAGGGGCUACAGAAGUAGAAACUUGAAUAAGGACACGCUUAGGAUACUGCACGCCAUACAAGCGGCGCGGGCUCGACAACAUAUACAGAGGUUGACAUGCGACAUGGAGGCUACGAAAGCCGCGUUGGAGUCUGAGCGAAAAAUUCAACAGCUUCAGAUGCAAGCUAUUAACGCGUUGUGGAAGAAAGUCUCUACUCUACAGGCAACUGACAACCAGAAGCAGCGAUUAUCGGAGUCCGAUGAUAACACAGAUGCAUUGCGUCAGUUAUCAGAGACAUGUUUCAGCCUCCAAGCACAGGUGGCAGAACUUCAGGGCUGUAUGCAGGAGGUGUUGAAGGCAGUUUCGAGCAAAAACCAUGCAGAGCCGGUUGGCACCCAAACAGAUAUCACGGCAGUAAUCACACCGCAGGAAGAACGCUGCACGUGGUUACGUCGACCGCAGUCUCUGUCACUGAGCGGCGCCCGCGACCCGCCCGCCGCAGUACCUGUAACGCACAGGGAUCACUCAGAAAAAUCGAACGAAACGGCCGCUCUGGGUAUAGAGCGAACCGAGUCCGUUAUAGAGGAACAGGCAGCAGGAACAAACGAAGUGGACGUUGAUACGAGGGCGUGUGACGUCAUCGCCGACUGAUACCACCAACAAGUAUGUAUUGAGAAUAACUUCUACAUUGAAGUUGAUAGUUUUCAAAUACUAAUAACACAUGUUCAGGAGAUGGUACACUUUAAAAUAGUAAAUCUUUCUAUACCGUCAAUUUUUAUUGACUCGUGUAAUUUAUCCCCGAGUACGUUAUUAGUUAACAGUUAUUAUUUAUUAGUAAUUAAUAUUAGAAUAGCGAUGCGAUUACUUCUAUAUACGCGAUUAGUGUGUCCUUUGAUACACUUUAAAAGAUCUUGACGUGGUCUUAGCAUGUAGGUAUAGUUAAAAGAUUCAAGACACUUAUCUUUCCUUGUUUAUUACUUUUCAAAUAUUGUGCAGCUCAGAAACAAAUCUGUUACAGCAAUUCCGUCAAAGAGGCAGCAAUUUUUCAUGACAUGUAACUUAAGCAAAUGUGUAUCAUCUCCUCAAUAUAAUAAUAGCAUUAUAUUGUUAACAAUCUGCAUCAUUUUUAUUUUAAACUUAACCUAUAAGUGUAAACAGGAGAAACAUUUCGUUGGUCUCGAAAUAAUACAAAUUGAAACUAUUCACAUUAGAUGUAAGGCAUAUUCGUUGUACACUAAAGCAAAGCUUGGUCUGUAUAGUGGGCUUGUUAAGUAAUUAGGAUGGUAUUGUGUAAUUUCAUGGUUUAUAAGAAGCUAAAGAAUUUUUCAAGAACUUAUUUAUUAUUUUAACUUUAUUUUAUUUUCGCCUGUAUACAGUUGUGAAGGAUGAUUAUAUUUGCUAUCAAUAAAAAAUGGGCACAAUUCAUUGAUGUCAAGUUGUUAGUGGUGUUAACCAAAGAGUUUGAUGGUAUUAUAAAAGACAAAAACUAAAACAAUUUCCUAUAAAGACAUUAAAAUAAUUUAUGCUUUAAAAUUAUCAAGGGAAUUAGACUGCUUGGAAAUGAAUAAUGACAAUUUGUUUACUUAGAUAUAAGAUGAGGCUUAAGUGUUAAGUGUACCUAUGUAAUUUAAUCCUGAAAGAGCUGUGUUUUAAAAAAAUAUGUAUUCAACAAUUCUUGUCAUAACAGACAAUUUUUUGCAGAAACGGCAACUUUAAACUAGAACAUAAAAUCCCUUUGGUCACUAAGUAAUAUAUUCCGCCCUCUAGCCUCUUUAUAAGUAUUAUUAUAUGUGUAUGUUGCAGCCAACUAGCUUAAUUAUCUAUUUGAAAAAACAGCCUGAAUGAUUUAACCGUUUGAUUAAAUGACUUAAUUUUGUCGGUCAGGUCGUAAAAGGGUGAAAGGAUUAUAAUUGAAACCAGAAUGGUACGAUUCAUUAGGUUCGGUUAUAACUGCGACUAGCACAUAAUAGGGUAGAUGACGAAUUAUAUGUUCGUCUGGUAGAUUAUUUUAAAACAUUACACACGUAU